AUGGGCAGGAAGAAUAGGCAUGCUUUGAUCCAGAGUCAAAAGGGAGGCGCCAAGAAGGGCGAAGGAUCAAAAGCAACACUCAACAAGACUAAGAAGGGCAAGAAUGUGUUCAAAGUAGCCUCGAAGAAGAAGGAUAAGGCCAAGAAAGCAGCAGCAAAUUUUAAAAAGGGAAAGGCUGGGAAGAAAGAAGCAAUCCAGAAUAAAUCUGAGAAACUAAAUGAGUCCCUUAAGACUCUUCACAAGGACAUGGUGGUGAAAAAGAAGGCUACCACUCCCAAGGCCAGUCCCUCAAAAGGGGGUCGUAAAUCACAGAAGAAAGCCCCAAAGACGAAAGAUGUGGAGGCUGGUCUUUCAAAUCUAGAUGUCUAG